GAGGACCAUAAAUCGUCACGAAAUUAAAUUAACUUCUUAUUUCUUCAUUUGUUCCCUCUAAGUAAGAAAUUAGCCAUUGUGCGUUACAAGAAAUGGAGAGUGGGAAACACUUUGUUCUCGUUCAUGGGUCUGGCCAUGGAGCGUGGUGCUGGUACAAGCUUGUCACCCUGCUCAAAUCAGUCGGUCACAGCGUCACAGCUUUGGAUCUCGCAGCAAGUGGGGUGGACUCGAGGCGGCCUGAUGAGAUCGCUUCCCUAUUCGAGUACGUGCAGCCGUUGAUGGACUUCAUGGCCUCCCUGCCUCAUGGUGAGAGGGUGGUCCUGGUUGGGCACAGUUAUGGUGGCUUUUGCAUUUCUCUAGCCAUGGAGAGCUUCCCUGAGAAGAUCUCUGUUGCAAUUUUCAUCGCAGCCUUCAUGCCCAAUCAUAGAGACCCACCAGCUACCUGUUUACAGGAAUUUUUCAGAUUGAUCUCUUCAGGCUCUCCGAUGGAUUGUCAAAUUACAUUUGAUAAGGGCCCAGAAAAACCACCAACAUCCAUACUAUUUGGUCCAGAAUUCAUGGCAACUAAAUUUUAUAUUAACUGCCAACCCGAGGACAUUGAAUUAGCCAAGAUGUUGGUAAGGCCAAGUGGCCCAAGAGGGUUUUUCUUUGGUGACCUGACCCGGGAAUCUCUGCUAACAGAAGAGAAAUUCGGGUCGGUAAGUCGGGCUUAUGUAGUGUGCAAAAGUGAUCACGAAGAACUCCAGAAAUGGAUGAUUGAGCAUAGCCCAACUGAAGAAGUGAAGUACAUUGCUGAAGCUGAUCAUAUGGCCAUGCUUUCAAAACCUAAAGAACUCAGCCUGUGUUUGCUUGAGAUUGCCCAGAAAUACCAUUGAGUACUUGAUUCUUCAUAAACAUGUCCACUCUCCUUCCGAAUUGAUCUUAAAUUUUUAUUUGCUCUCUUAAUUAUGUCAAUAAUAAUGCUUGAUAGUACAAACCUCAUGUUUUAGAAUUAAAAUUGUACUAUAUAAUAAUUGUUCAACUUUAUAAUGGAGGGCUUGCCUUCCAACAAAAAAAUAUUUAAAUUAUUGAAUGAAGCUA